CAAAGCUUCUCCACACUCCUCGGUGCUCGAUCGGUCGGACGAUCUCCACCUAUAAAUACGCCUCCUCCCUUCUCUUCCACCAUCAUCAUCUCACACUCGAAGCUAACUAGCCCCCAAGCAGCUGCUAGGUCUGCAGUACAAAGGUAGCCACUACAGCUCGUGGUGUACCGGCGGUAGAGCAGAGCAGCACGAUGGGGCAGCUCAGCAAGAAGCUUCUGGUGGCGUCCAUGGUGGUGGCGGUGCUGGCCGUGGCAGCAGUGGAGCUGUGCGGCGCCAUCCCGCUCGAGGACAAUGACCUGGAGUCGGAGGAGGCGCUGUGGGACCUGUACGAGCGGUGGCAGACCGCGCACCGCGUGCCCCGCCACCACGCUGAGAAGCACCGCCGCUUCGGCACCUUCAAGUCCAACGUCCACUUCAUCCACUCCCACAACAAGCGCGGCGACCGCCCCUACCGCCUCCGCCUCAACCGCUUCGGCGACAUGAGCCAGGCCGAGUUCCGCGCCACCUUCGCCGGCUCCCGCGUCAGCGACCGCCGCCGCGACGGCCCCGCCACGCCACCGUCGGUCCCGGGGUUCAUGUACGCCGCCGUGAACGUGUCGGACCUGCCGCGGUCCGUGGACUGGCGCCAGAAGGGCGCGGUGACCGGCGUCAAGAACCAGGGCAAGUGCGGCAGCUGCUGGGCUUUCUCCACCGUGGUGUCCGUGGAAGGCAUCAACGCCAUCCGAACCGGGAAGCUGGUGUCGCUGUCGGAGCAGGAGCUCAUCGACUGCGACACGGCGGACAACGACGGGUGCGAGGGCGGGCUCAUGGACAACGCCUUUGAGUACAUCAAGAAAAACGGCGGGCUCACCACCGAGGCCGCCUACCCGUACCGGGCUGCCAACGGCACCUGCAGAGCCGCGAAGGUGGCCAAGAGCUCCCCCAUGGUGGUGCACAUCGACGGACACCAGGACGUGCCGGCCAACAGCGAGGAGGCGCUGGCCAAGGCCGUGGCGAACCAGCCCGUGUCCGUGGGCAUCGAUGCCAGCGGGAAGGCGUUCAUGUUCUACUCCGAGGGGGUGUUCACCGGUGAGUGUGGAACAGAGCUGGACCACGGCGUCGCGGUGGUCGGGUACGGCGUGGCGGAGGACGGCAAGGCGUACUGGACGGUGAAGAACUCGUGGGGCCCGUCGUGGGGGGAGAAGGGGUACAUCAGGGUGGAGAAGGAUUCCGGUGCCGAAGGCGGGCUCUGCGGCAUCGCCAUGGAGGCAUCCUACGCCGUCAAGACGGACAGCAAACCCAAGCCCACGCCCAGGCGCGCGCUCGGCGCCUGGGAGUCUCAGUGAUCGUCCCAAUCUCUAUGCGUGUCUGAAUUAUUUCUACUAUAUUCCUAGUUAAAUUAGGGUGAAAAAAUAAAUUACAGCUGAAUCAAGUGCUUCUCCGUCCACACGCAAGAAUUAGGUGUGUAGCGUGGGACCAGGACGAUCGACAUAAUUUGUUUGGAUUUAUACGAAUGUAAUGUAAAAUGUAAUAAUGCAUGCAAUGUACUGGUAAUGUUUGUAAGUGUAAUACCCACGAUGCGGCUAUAUCUCCUACGUGUCGGAGCACGACUUAGAGGCAUAACCGCAUUGUAGGCAUGUGCAAGAGGGGUAAUCUUUACACAUCCCAUGUACUGAAUAAGAUAAAGAUAAAGAGUUGGUUUA